AUGGCCAGUCUGCAGUCUACUUCUCCCAAUAACAAUACGACCAGCAGCAAGGACAGUAAUAAUACUCCUGAUAUCCAUCCCAACUAUACCCUCCACAGCUCCACCUCUGCACCCCUAGCGACAGCAAGGGAGGACGAAGCUACCCCCUCCCGUUCCCGUCCAACGUCCACCGUCAACCACCCCAGAACUCCCAGCCGUGACGUCGUGAAGUCAAAGGAAGCCUCCGACCAGCGCCAGCGCGGCAUAAGCACCUCAUCGAAGACGGCAGCGGCGGCAACCGCUGCUGCAGCGAUUGCAAUUGGCAAUAAUGAUAACGAGAGCUAUGAAGAUGUAACGGAACUCAUCGACCUCGCCCCGCUCCCGGCAUCAGAUCACAGCGACGGUCAUGAUCGUGACACCGCCCGCCAUUGCAAUAACAAUAAUAAUAUUGAUAUUGAUAACGAUAAUGGCAACGGUAGUAACCACAGCAGGCCAUCUUCGGCAUCAUCGAUCUCUUCAGGCUCCGUGCGCCUGGUUGUCCAACGUACACGAAGCACACAGCGGUCGGGCACAUCCGGUGACAGCGUGGAAAAUAGGGGGAGCAACACGGGCAUCCUGGGGGGAGUGAAGAGAUUCUGGUUUCGGCAUGUUUCGAUGACGGUGCCACGGAGACAGAACAGGGAUCAUUUUGCUUUGGUGAUCCCCAAAAAUGAGCCGGCCAGCUCUAGUAGCAAGCACGCCAUCCAUCAGAGCAUAAAAAGCAAAGAACUCCAUUUCAUCCCUGCCCCUUGGACCAUGCCCAAAACCCUCGAAAGGACUUUCCUAGCCUACAUCCGCACAUCCCUCGCCUUCGCCUUCCAAGGCGCCCUCAUAGCCCAGUUAUUCAGCCUGCAGAACACGCACGAUCAAGGCGAUACGCCGUUCGGGUUCCACGCCGUCGGCAAGCCGCUGGCCUGUGGGUGUCACGCCUGUGCGAUAGCGGUUGCCGCUGUGGGCUCGUACCGCUUCUGGAGGCAGCAGAACGCCCUGGCGCGAGGCAAGGUGCAUGCCGGCGGUUGGGAAUUGGGCGUUUCUGGUGCUUGUGCGGCUGGGAUAAUCGCGGCGGCAUUUGUGCUAGUGGUAUUGAUAACUGCCAGAAAAUAA